CCCGACGGGAGGUGCUCCGCUCCCCCAGGACCCCAGCAAUGGAAGUACCUGUACUUGGUACGUACUGCCUCAACUUAGGUAAGUGCUGUCGCCCCCCUGAAUACAGCACUACUGCGCACCCUCUAGGCGGCGCCAGAUCCCAGCCCAGGCCUGUAGUACGAGGUGGUGGGUGCUUAUCGGUCGGGUGACUCCUGUCAACCUUCCAUGUCGCUCGCUCACGCAUUCGGUGCCUCCGAGGGCCGGAGCCGCCACCCGCCGCCGCAUGCCGAUGCUCGCCGGCCGUUGGCGGCGCUCUUUUUUUCGGUUACAGUACUUACCACUAGGAUCUCGCCUCACUGGUUCUCGCCCUGCCACGCCGACGACGAAGACCCUUCCUUAUCUCGCAACUGCCACUUUUUUUUCCUCCGUCAACGCGCUGCUGCAUCGACAUCGCCGUCCUCACCCUACGCAGCCCUCGAAAUAGACAUCGGAGCGCUCUCCUAUCCUCCUCCCCCCCCCCCUCCUCCUCCUCCUUCACGGCCUAUUCCUACGAAAACCGUCCCGAAGCAAGCAAAUAGACCAGCAUGACGGCCCAGUCGCGCCUCGCCGCCGCCCCUGCCGGGCCCCUUACCAUCGGCGUCCUCGCCCUCCAGGGCGGCUUCAUCGAGCACAUCAACCUCGUCCGCGCAGCUGCCGCGCGCCUUGCUGCGGUGGGCGCCGCCACGAUCAACGCUGUGGAGGUUCGCACGCCUGCGGAGCUGGCCCGUUGCGACGGGCUCAUCAUCCCCGGCGGCGAGAGCACCACGAUAUCCUUUGUCGCUGCGCAGUCUGGCCUGCUUGAGCCGCUGCGCGAGUUUGUCAAGGUCCUCAAGAAGCCCGUCUGGGGCACCUGCGCCGGCCUCAUCCUCCUCUCCGAGCAGGCUAACGCCGCGAAAAAGGGCGGUCAGGAGCUCAUCGGCGGGCUGGCCGUGCGCGUCCACCGCAACCACUUUGGCCGGCAGAUUGAGAGUUUCGAGGCCGGCCUGGCGCUGCCGUUCCUGGGCGACGGCGCCGCGCCCUUUCCUGGCGUCUUUAUCCGCGCGCCCGUCGUCGAAGAGGUGCUGAAGCCCGCCGACGGCGCCCGGAAGAAGGGCGACGCGGGCGUGAGCGUGCUGGCGACGCUGCCCGGCCGCGUCGACCGCAUGAAGGCCGGCGUGUCGCAGGCCAACCCCACGGACGGCUCGGGCGACAUCAUCGCGGUGCGACAGGGCAAUGUCCUGGGCACGAGCUUCCACCCGGAGUUGACUCCGGAUCCGCGCAUCCACGUGUGGUGGCUGCAGGAUAUCCUGCGCCAGCGCGCCGAGGUGCCGCUGCGGUAGACGGCAGAUGAGCGGCAAUGGGCGCGCCGCCUGACUUUUCAAACUGCGAGCGGUGGGAGUAUUUGAUUUUAUUGAUGGUGUUAGCUGGCGUUUGGGGGCGUUGUAGAUCGAUUGUGUUUUUCACAGUCGCGGCAUCACGUAGACAGCAUAGGCGUGUAUAGUCGUGUUAGUAUAGACGAGCUUCUAGCAUGAAUGACACCCGAGGGGCAUUUAAUGAUAAGGUCGUAGUAUGCCUUGUCUAGAGAGACAUAGUAACAGCUUAUAUGACUUGCCCC